AGAUAACACCAGGAAAUGUAAAUGUCUUUUGAUUAAGCAACCCAUGUCUUAUAAAUGUUCACAAGCUACAAAGAUCGCCACAAUCACCUCAUCUGUCAUAGCAAUGAGGUCAUUUACCAUAGCAUUCGUGGGUCUCUUGGCCCUGGCAUAUUUGCAAGCAGCAGAAUCUAGAACAACAUGUAGUCCACCAAAACGUAGCUCUAGCGCCGAAGCUAGUGCCAAAGCGUCAGCCAAGUCCAGUGAAUCAAGUGGACAUAGCUCUGCUCAAUCUCAAUCUGCUAGCUCAGCUUCGGCAUCUGGCGCACCUGGAAAAUCGCCCACCUGUUCUGAGUCAUCCGCUCUUGCUGGUGCCCGGUCUCCUUCUAGAGGCCACUCAGAACAGUCAUCGUCUUCUGCCUUAGCUGGAGCUCAAUCUUCUUCUGGAGGUAGCUCCGGGAAAUCUUCAACUUCUGCCCUUGCUGGUGCCCAGUCUUCUGCUGGAGGUGGCUCUGGUCAGGCGUCUUCAUCAGCCUUAACUGGAGCUCAGGCUUCUUCUGGAAAGAGUUCAGGUCAAUCUUCAUCAGCGACCUUAGCGGAGACUGAUUCUUCUUCUGCUGUAGCUGGAGCACAUGCUUCGUCUGGAAAUAUUUCUGGAAGCAAAUCAAGCUGUGGAUGCUCAGGAGUUCCUGGAUUACCGGGACCUCCUGGACCGCCUGGGCCUCCUGGACCUCCCGGUCCUCCCGGAUGUGCAGGUCCAGCAGGUGCACCAGGCGAGAAUGGUAAGCCAGGCUGUCAAGGACCUCCCGGACCUCCUGGAUUGAACGGUUUGCCAGGAUUAGAGGGACCAGUGGGACCAGAAGGUCUAAUGGGACCACAAGGACCAUCUGGUCAAGACGGUCCACGAGGACCUGCAGGGCUGAAAGGACCUCGAGGAAUCCAGGGACCACAGGGUAGUCAGGGACCAAGAAGGUCUGAUGGAGUUCCAGGAUCGUGUAGCACCGGUUCAAGAUCGUCCGCAUCUUCAGGUGCUAAAACUUCCAGCUCUUCUAUAGCUGGAACUGGUGAAAAGUCAGUCGCAGGUGCCAAGUCUGAAGCAAAAAGCGUAUCAAACAACAGUGACGCUGCAUCUGUAGCUGGAUCAAUCAGCGCAGGUGGAACCAGUGGUGGACACUCAGCUUCGAAGGCUGAAGCUAAGUCUAAGGCUGCAAGCAAAUUUGGCGUAUCAGCAAACAGUGGCGCAGCGUCUAAAGCUGGAGCAAUUAGCGCAGGUCGAAGCAGUGAUGGACACUCAGCUUCGAAAGCUGGAGCUAAUUCGCAAAUCUGGAAGCGCCGGAAGCAAAUCUGAAGCUAAAGCCAAAACUGGGGCAGCUAGUCUCGUACAAGCUUAAGGGCUUCUGUACUUAGAAUGCUAUCAGUACAAGGUUUCGCAAUCGUCAU